GUCACACCAGUUUUUGGUGUCCUCUUCGGGUCUUAUUCAGCCAUGAAGAUUCAUUUUGCUCCGGCUGAUGUGCCUCUGGAUAGGAGGCUUCAGACUGCUUCUGUUCUGCAGUGGGUCUUCUGUUUCCUAGGCCUAGCCCCCUGCUGUAUUGUAUUGUUCCUCUACCUGCUAUUCACCCGUUUCUGGAUCAUCUGUGUGCUGUAUGCCAUCUGGUGGUACAUCGAUUGGGACACACCUUCACAAGGAGGUAGAAAAGUGCCCCUACUAUGUCGAAUGCGCUUAUGGGAGUACAUGAGAGAUUAUUUCCCCAUAAAGCUGGUGAAGACAGCAGAUCUGGACCCUAGGCAGAACUAUGUGCUGGGUUUUCAUCCCCAUGGUAUUCUCGUGGCUGGUGCAUUCACUAAUUUCUGCACAGAAGCGACAGGCUUCAGUAAACUCUUUCCUGGGCUGAAGAGCAACCUUCUCAUGCUGCCUCUCUGGUUCAGAGCCCCCUUCUUCAGAGACUAUAUUAUGUGUGCAGGCCUGGUUCCAUCAGACAAGGAGAGUGCCAAGUAUCUGCUCCAGCGAAAAGGGGGUGGGAACGCUGUGGUCAUUGCAGUUGGAGGAGCCCCUGAGGCUUUGGAUGCCCGUCCUGGUGACUGCACUGUUCACUUGGCCAAUAAGAAGGGCUUUAUUAAACUUGCACUAGAGAAUGGAGCCCAUUUGGUUCCUAUAUAUUCUUUUGGAGAGAACGAGGUAUUUGACCAGGUGGAAAAUCCUCGUGGCACCUGGUUACGAUCUAUCCAAGAGCACCUACAGAGCUUCAUGGGUGUUUCUUUGCCCCUUUUCCAUGCACGUGGAGUUUUCCAGUACAGUUUUGGCCUAAUGCCCUACAGAAAGCCCAUCAACACUGUUGUGGGUCGGCCAAUCAAGGUAGAGAAAAAUGAGAAACCCACAGCAGAAGAUUUGAACACUCUUCACCAGCUCUAUAUGGAUGAACUCACUCGCCUCUUUGAGGAACACAAAGGAAAUUAUGGAAUACCUGAAGACUCUCACUUGGUGUACCUCUGAGCUGACAGCAUCACUUAAGCAACUCUGAGAGUGUGUAUGUGUAUGCGUGCGAGUGUUUGCAUGUGUGUGUGUGUGUGUGUGAGUGAGAGAGAGAGAGAGAGAGAGAGAGAGAGAGAGAGAGAAUGUGUGUAAGUACAUUUUGGGCCCUAUUUUAAGAACACUAGCACUAAGUGCAGCACUAUGCUCAAAUUCAAACGUACAAAGACAAUGGGCUUGGCCAUUACAUUUUGGUAUUUUCGUGCAAGCAUGCACUAUGCCUAGGCGCAAGUGAGUUUGGUGAAAUUGUGCUCGCAAAGUGCUAAAAGGCUGGGUUAAGUGCAAUUCAAUUCUGAGGUUCUUCUCCGGUUAUUGCACUAUCUUCUUCCUAUUUUGCAGGCCAUUCCCU